AUGGAACAGCUUUUUUUUGCUUUCGUCCUCAUUGGUACUACACUGGCUUGCCAACCAGUACCAGAACCUAUUUUAACUGGAAGAGGUGACGAAAUAACACAUGUGAUUAUAAUCACCGACCAGCCAUUUAAUCCAUCAAAAAUUAAUGAGUAUAGGGGCUAUUUUGCUCAAACAAAGAUUAGAGAUUAUUCAUGGUCUCUUGGACGCUUUUCAAACCUAGAAUAUACUAGUGCCGGUGGAUAUCUCGCCGUUAAAUUCACACUUAAGGAUAGUAUUUGCGAUUAUGUGGAAGAUUGGGUGAAUCGAAUCGUGCAGAGCUCCGAUCACUACAGAAGUGGAGAUGCUAGAUGCAUGGAAAUGACAACAACAACAACAACCACGACGACGACGACAACAACAACAACAACACCAACAACAACAACAACACCACCAACAACAACAACAACGACGACAACACCACCAGCAACAACGGCGAGCUUAUUCAAAGCUCUCCAACCAGCGCCACCACCUGUAUUUGCUGUACGAGGAUACGAUAUGGCGCAUGUGGUUAUAGCCAUCAACCAACCAUACGAUCCAUCAAAAAUUAUAGAAUAUAUGAGCUACUUCCCUCAAACAAAGAUUGAACAAUAUUCUCGGCAACUUGGAGACUUCAAAAACCUAGCAAACACUGCAGUCUCUGGCUAUUUCGGCUUUACAUUCAAUAUCGAUCAUUGUGUGAAACAGUGGGUGAAUCAAAUCGUACAGAGCUCCGAGUACUACACAAAAGGAGAGGUCACAUGCUUUCCCGAUUUAUACCCAGUGGAAACGACCCCAGUGGAAAGAACAGCAACAGCAACAAGCUCACCUAAAGUAAGUCCAGUUGCAUCAAUCUUCCUGCGUUGGAUAUAUACCAUGUGCAUCUACCGUACGGACCAAUAUAUGAAGAAGAACCACCAGUAG